CCCCGCGCGGCAGGCAGCACCGCGACACGGAGACACAGAGCGCCACGCCGCCAGGCCGCCGCCGCACGGCAAGCGCGAGGACUCCACGGCGACCUGCGGCCCGCGGCACGAGGCGGCGCAACAUGGCGUGGCUACUGCGCCUGGCGGGGCUGCUGUCCUGCGUGUCGCUGGUGUACGCCUCUUGCGGGGAAAACGGCACCGAGUCGGCCGCUCCGCCCGGCAAGAAGGAGUUGAUGGCGGCGUGGCAGGCCUUCCUGCAGCAGGACUCGGGCAAUGUCACGCUGCUCGCCUUCGACGGCACCAUCCUGCAGCACCACGUGGGGGCGAGGUCCCUCCGCAAGAUGCUGACCCCGCUGCACCUGCACCGCGGCGCGGUCAUGAAGUACGUCUCCGCCAGCGACUGGCAGACCUUCUCCGAGGAGCCGCAGCAGCCCUGGGGCAUCGUGCAGAUCGAGGGGCUGAUCGAAGGCACCAUGGCGGACCACGAGGGCCCGCACCUGCUCACCGCCAACCUGCACAACAUGUUCAUCAAGGUGUCCUGGGACGGCCAUGACGGUGACUGCAGCAACCACACCAUCUGCAUGGUGACGGCUGGGUACGUCAAGAACCUGAUGACCGACGAGAACUACGUGCGCUGGGGCCAGGACGUGGAGGCGCUGGUGGCGGGGGCGGCCGUCACGGGGCUCGUCUCGCAGCUGUACCACCUGGCCGAGCGGCUACCCGGCUGGGGCUACUGCCCGGAACUCUCCAGCGACAAGGGCGAGCUGGGCGGCUUCGGAUACUUGUGACCGAGUAACCGUCCUUCGGGAAUAGAGCGCGCCGGGAAGACCGGAGGCCGUAAGCCACCCCGGCACUCCAAGGGCCGGAGAGAAAGACACUCACUCUGUGAUUUGGAAACAAGGAAAUAAAAGAGACUUGAGAGAGCAAA